AUGCGACUGCGUCGGCUUCUCAAGUUCUUGACAAAACCCUUUGAAAAUCUGAAUGCGCUGGAUCGUCUGAUACAAAUAAUAAGGCUCAGCUCAUCAAUUGUGGUUUUAAGCAUGCUGUUGGUGCUUACGUUGGGUUCAAGAAGUCUUCCCACCCUUCUAUACAUGGGAAGACUUAAUACUUCGUCUAUUGACAUUGCACAGGGCCUUUUUGAUGUGUUGCAAGAAUCAGUCGAGUCAUAUACCGCAAGUAAUAUUAACAACGGCGUGGGCUUAACAACAUCUGAAAUACUGAUUUUAACAGAAUACACAGCAUCCCAAAUUAAGGAAGUUCCACGGUACGUUGUGACAUCUGUGUAUGGAUGGUGUAAGAUUCAUAAUGAAACCACGGAAGUCGACAAUUCAGGCGAUCUAUCCGAAUCUGCAACUGCUAGCAAUAAAACCGUUUGCUUUGAAAAGGGGGCGGCGUACAUUCUUGACUAUCGUCAGUUACUGGAGACGAUUGGACUGGACAUCAUUUUGAAUUAUGCAUAUGGAGAUACUUCGGGCGCAUCUUCUGCUUAUUUGGAAUAUAUUUCACAGAACAAACAAAAAAAGGAAAGGAUGAUCAACUUAAUGUACUUUGUAACUUGUACCCAAUUUUUUAUGAUCAUACUUCAGCUAUGGUACUACUCCAUCAAGGGCAAGUCAUUAAAUGUGUUGAAAGAACAACUGCUGGUUCACGGAAUUUCUUUCAUCUCACUGCUGAUAUUUGUAUGCACUUUGAUUGCCGUCAUCAAUCUCGCUAUUAUAAAUUUGUCCCUGCGAUCUCGCGUGGAAAGCGAACUAGAAACUUUUGGUAUGUCCUAUCAUUUAGGUGGGUCUUGGUUUACCGUAUUGUGGUUAUUCGCUAUUUUUUCAUGCAUUUCCUGCCUCGUGUGGUCAGGCUUGGAAUGGUGUGUAUCCGAUAGAACCAAAAAUUCUGAUAAUUUUGAAUUGGGUGUGACAGCGACUGCUAAUCCAAGUACUGAAGAAGAAGAGAGCACAACUAUAAUGGGGCCACUGCUGCCGAGAAGCACAAGUCAGCUUCUCAAGCCACCUCCAGUUAGAGGUCAAAGCUCUAAAGUACCACAUCUUGAGAUAUCUGAUUCAGAAUCUAUUGCUUUACAAAAGACAAAGAGCACGGAUAGUGAGCUUUCAAACUUGAGUCAACAAAAUGUUGUUGUCCCCCUCUCUGCUUUUCAUGUUUAA